AUGAUUGGAUAUCAAGAGUAUGAUGGCAAUUUUGUUUUUCCUAGCAAGGCGGGUUUGGUGGAUAAUAUGAGGCAGACCCAACGGAGAUCAAACAUGCAUUGUAAUCGAGGUUUUUCACAUGGUAGUUGUGAAGUGCAUGAGAUCUGGGUGCCAUUAAGCACCCUUAAUUUAUCAUAUGAUAUCAGUGGGCUUUAG